AUGGAGGAAGAUGGCAAUAGGAAGCGAGCCUUGAGACGAUCGACUAUUUUGGUUCAGGUUGGUCGUUACCAGGAGCCGUAUGCGCUUGGGGUCCAGAAGCCGGCCUGGGUUCACCCAGACCCAGUCUUUGACCCUAACGCAGCGCGUUACGCCUCCUUCCCGACUAUUCCUCUGGACCAGCGUGGUCUGGGUGAUGAAUAUACUGAGGCAAGGGACAACGGGACGAUUGAUCUGUGGUUGAAGAAGCGGAACCCGCCUCCUGAAGAUUUCAGUGAUGGCGAUAAUGAAGAUGAAGGCCAUGAGCAAGAGAUCAAAGGCGUCGACAAGAAUGCGACUGGAUGGCUCACAACGCAUGAAUCCAACGGAAGAGCGCUCCAGAGAGGCGAAAGCUUCAAAGAUUUCCACAUGGCUUCGACAAACAGCAUCGACUGGGGCAGCCCUGAGCCUUUUGAUGGGUUGCUUGGCACCAAAGGCAAUCCAGCAAAUGGUUAUAUCAUUGAGUGGUCCCAAGUCAGCCAUGGAGCACAAUGGGCCUUGUUCCAGGUCCUCUGUGAAGCUGAGACUUUUGCUUCUGCCGCAAAGAAUCUCAAGCUCACCACUUUGGAAGUCAUCAAAUUUGUCAUGUCCUAUGUCCAGUACCAUCGAGAGAUCAAAGCGUGGGCCAAGAUGACAGAUGAGAUUGACGUUUUUGAGCUGCUUGAGCUGACUAGUGGCCGAUUGCCACCUAGCGACGGCAUGAAGGUUCUCCAUCGACCCUACCUUCCCACCGAUACUCUCAAGCAUCACGAGUAUGAGCAGGGGUGCCGUUACUUGAACCAAGUAGGUCAAAGCGAGCAUGUCAAAGGACUUGAUGGAUGCCGUGGCGUCUCCAGGGACUUUCACGUGCUGCCAAUUGAGCCUGAAAUCAUGGCCACUUGCAUAGCUAUCCUGGAUAAGGGAAACAGAGACUUGACUUUGAACAAUGUCGAUGCUCCUCACAACAAUCAGCCUCAACCGUGGCAUGGUCAAUUCGGCCCGGCAGACCAGGAAUUGGUUAACCGCUUGAUGGAGAUUCAAGCCUACCUCCCCCAUCUGGACUCCAUAAAUGGUCGCCCUGAGAACACACUGCUCACCACCAAUCCUGAAGAUCCUGACGGUCAAAGACAACACCAACAGCACGGCACUCCUACAGUUACAGACUCAGCGAGCACCCACCUGAAGUCAGAUCGAGCGUGCCUUCAUGGAAACCCAAUCGUCGGUGAAAAUAAUCAGUAUGCGUGGGUAUUUGAAAAUCUCGACAUGGAUGAGCUGUACAAGCCUACGGGCGUCCCCAUGCGCCCGAAGCGUCCUGCUGUCUCAAAUGAGAGCCUUGAGCCUACAACUGAUGGCGGUCUUGAGGCCACUGCGGUACAACAGCAGGAUCAACCUGAGGAACACCAACUUCCAGGCGAUCAUGUACAGAACACGGCCAGCCGCUUGCAUGAAGCCUCCUCUGAGGCUCAAAGCAACAACCAGCCGGUCAAUCACGUAUUUCCCUUCGAAGGACUGCUAUCUCCAGCCAAUGGUCUCCUACCUUGCCCCAGUCAUCCUGAGCCCGACGUGGAUCAAACUAAGGUCUUGUCGAAGCUGUAUCUCCCAGUGGCGCAGGUUCCUAAUGACCCACCAACUUGGCAGGGCGCGAGCUCAGCGGAACCCCAAAGCAUCUUCGCUGGUGUGGAUGAGGUGGAGCCCAGAGGCUCUGCUGAACCCGGAUUCGAUUUCUUCCAGUCCUCCAUCUACAAGUCAGCUCAAGGCGGACUCAAUCUCCCCCAGUGGUACCUCGCUGAGAUGUCACUUGGACCUGAGCUAAGAGAGAAGCCCACUUCCUAUGCGACCACCCACCAGCGUGUUGCCCAGGAGGCCGGCCAUCAGCACGACAACUCCGAAGGAAAUUCCAACGCCAAAUCCUACACCGAGCCCCCGUAUCUGAUGACAAGCACCGAUACCCUCUCUGCAGUCUCUGGAGCACAACAGCCUCGUUUCGAGUUGAAGGAUGCUGAAGUUCGAAAGGCCCAGCAAGAAACCGCUUUCCACAACGAAUCUGCGCCCCCACCUGUAGGCUCAGAGCGCCACGGCCAGAUCAUUGAUGUGGCUAAUACUCCUGCAAGACACACGGUUGGUACUCCCCAGAGACACAAUAACACUUACAAAUCUCCGACUAUGCCCGAGGACAGCUUUGAGUCCCCAGCCACGAUGAGCUCUAGCAAGCCAUCUCGCAAGCGUCAGGCUGAUGACAGCGACGAAGAGUACAAGCCCAAACCUAAGAGAGCCCGCAAGCCGAAGAAGGCCACGCCAGCUCCGCAGACUCAGCCCCAACAGCCUGCAGGUCCGCAACAGAUGAGCCGUAACGGUAUACUCCAGCCUAUCAAACGUGGCCGAGGCCGCCCUCGCAAGUAUCCCAAGCCUGAGGAUAUUGUUGCCACACAGGCUGCAAACCAAGCGGCGGAUUUGCAGGCCGCUGCGAACUGUUCUCAGAUUUCUAAUGCUGCUACACCUCCGGCAAGCAACCCAACUACUAGCCCGGAGUCAGUCGCCCCUCAGGCGUCCACAACUGCCAUGGCUGAGAGACCUCGUAUCAAUUUGCAGACAAUCAAGUCAUCCAGUAGUAAGGGCCAAACUACUACGACUCAGCCUCUUGCAAACCAAGUGUCGCAGCCUCAGGGGACAAUGACGACAGUCUCGGAAUCUGUCAAUGCACCUUCAACCUAUCAGGCUCACCAUGGACCCGACUUCAGAUCUGGUGUUCGUCAAAUGCCUAGUGCAGGGCGUAUGCCAACGUCUUUCUCCUCUGGCGCGGCGCCUUUGACACUUGAGAGGCGUCAAGCAUCGCUUCCUGGAGCCUAUUCUCCUCGCGCCAUAGCACCUAAGCCACAGACCGAUGCUCACGCCCUUACCGGAAGAUGGGGCCAUUCUUCCAUGCCAGCCAUAGCGCCCGCCCCGAACCCGGCGUCUUCCCAGCGAUCACCGGAAAAUAUUGUAUCAACCAACAAUUCGAGCCAAGCCCCUCGACCGGCACCUCCUAGUCGGGACAAACAUGGUAGAAUGUUCCCUCCUCAGUACAAAAGCUAUGAGGAGUUCUGGGAUGCGGUACCAGAUGGCGCGGACUAUGCGUUGGAGAUGGUUGGACGAGGAUAUAGUGCCGACAUAGCUAUGCAGCUUGCCAGAGAGCGUCUGGCUAUGAACAUGGCAUCGUGGCCGGCAAGUAAAUAUGCUUCUCACAACCAGAAUCCCGGGAUGUCGAACGCGGCAAGUAGCCAAUUCCCUGGGGUUACCGAAAGCAUUCGCAGAGAGAUCCAAGUCGAGAAGGCCACCGCGCAGCACAGCAAUAACGAGCAAGCAACGACCGGUACAACAGGCGGCCUUGUGAGCGGAACUAUGGAGCCACCCGGCGGUAUUGAAAAGCGUAUUUAA